AUGCCAGAAGCAAAUAGCGAAAUGAACUAUUCUGAGGUAGUCGACGUUGACUACCUGCUAUUUCCAGAAUCCGACGCACGCAUUGGAUUCGAGUGGGACACCACAGGUGACCCCGACUCUAGUCUCCAACUUAGCCAAACUGGCGUUGAGAACAAUCCCUGGAUCCCCUUUGCUGAUGAUCAACGAUUCAUCGCAGAUCCGGAAGCCGACUUCUUGACGGAAUACUCCAUUCUCAGCAGUACGGUGCCUUCUCCCGCAGAUUAUGCGACGCCUUGGCUCGAUACGUCUACCAUCAUUCAAUCGCUUGAUCAGCAAUUGCUCAACGGUCCUUCAUCAUCUGGAUCUGAGGCAACCAUGCCGAGUCUGAACAGCACCUGUUCCCCUUUCAUGAACGAUAACAGGGUCCCGUUGACACUUUCUAUGCCUCGGAACAAUCAGCAUGACCAUUCAAACAGCAAGAGAGUGAAAACGUUGGAUGAAUUGCCAAAUGAGCUCAAAUUCCUCAUCAGCCGCAGAAUGGAGCGCCAGCCUUGGGACACGAUUCACACGGAUUUCAAGUGUAUAUUUGGGGAUGUGACCAAGAUGGCGUUGAAAAUGCGCCUUUCGAGGCUUCGAUCAACCAACCCGAAUGUCCAAGAACUGUUUAAUAACGAGAGCUCUAGUAUGCCCAUCAAAUGUUACUCGGAUCACGGAAACCAUGGUAUAUCAAGUGUGGACUCGCACGGUGCCAUUUAUGGCGCCGAAAAUUACAAUCAGAACUCUUAG